AUGAUGCCCGCUUCAUCCGCCCCCCAUCCCGAUGCCGGUGCCGGAGCCAACAUGCAGCCGGCCACUGCACGAAAGAAGCGGUGGACGAGCCGAUCCAAGACGGGCUGUUUGACAUGCCGCGCGCGGCGCGUCAAGUGCGGGGAGGAGAGCCCGGCAUGUCGGCGAUGCGUUGCCCUCAACUAUCACUGCCGCUAUGAGAAUCGUGACCAAAUCGUCGUCUCUAGCUCUCGCAGUAGGCCUGCUGAUCAUCCUAUCGUACCCGAGCUACGCAUCCAGCAGCAAAGCCGGAUAUCCAUCGAAGCCGAGCCGCCUGGCUGGGAUUACAUGCAGGCAAUCCGCUACUAUUUUUCUGUAGUUCAGCCAUCACGACCUGUCCAAAAUGGCAAGUCCCUCCUUCCUAACUUUGACCCGAGCCGUGCCACUUUCUACAUCUGCGCCGUGCUUCACGUCCAACUGGCCUCCAUGUCAAAGUCCCGUGGCCGGCUGCUCAAGUUUGGGGAAGACCCCGGCCUCGCUAAUUUUUGGGAGAAUUACGCGCGCUACCUGUCCGAGGUUAUUGGACGGGUCAACCGCUACAUCCAGGACGCCGACGGCACCGGCAACCCGGCGGCCUUUUCGUACAUGUAUACCCUGAUCUCUUCGUCCAUGAUCCUGGAUUCCGGACUGUGGCUGGCACACAUCAAUGCGUGCUUUGCCUUUGUGCAGUAUCUCGGCGGCAUCAAGGCGAUUACGGAGCCGUUGCUGAAGCCUUACACGCCGUUCUUUCGGCUCAUCUCAAAAGUCGUCAUGUUCAACACGACUAUCCCGGCGACGAAGCAGAUUCUUGGCUGCACCAACUAUACGGACGGCCAGCUUCGAGCCAUUUUAGAUAACGAGUUUGACGCCGACGUGCCUUGUCCAACAGACGUGCGCAUUGUCAUUAUCCACGUCACUCGUUUGCGGUACCAGAUCGCCACUUCAACGUUUGUACCAGGUUUGUCGACUACUAUUGAAGGCAUCUUUGAUAAGCUAGACUGGGCUGAUAUCAACGGCUGGGCUGAAAUCAAUCGCGGACUUGGAGGGACCACUAUCGAAAUCGUGGGACAAAUUUUCCAUGACGCAGCCAAGCUGCAUGCUAUCCUGGCGCUGCCUCGUCCAGCCGUGCGGGCAUGGGCGCGAGCCCACGCACCCCUCCCGCCUGAUGCGGAUGUCGAUGUAUACGACGGCCUGCGACUCCGCCAACGAUCGAAGCUUCUGAACCUGCUGAAGGCAAACUACCCCAUCGUCCAAUACCCGCUCUCACUCCGGUGGCCCCUGGUGGUCGCCGGCGCAUCUCUGGGACCGGACGGCGCGGAGGUCGACCGCGCCUUCGUGGACGACUGCCUAUUCACGCUCUGGCGGAACCCGCUGGGCGACGGCGGCCUGUUCCUGUGUCUGCAGAAGCUGCGUGAUUUCUGGUACUCGGGGAAAUUUGGGUGGGAGGAUUGUUUCGACCAGCCUGUCCCUGGCUGA